AUGGACGCCGUUGAAGCAGAAGAAGUGCACCAUCCCGCGGUGAGGGAACUGUUCGAGAGCAGGUCAGAAAUGCACCCCGCAUUGAGCGAGUCGCACGAACCGGGCGCGGAUAUCUGGCACCCACUGUGGGACUGGGUGUUCAUGAACGACAUCUUUCAAUGCUGGCAACGGGAUGACAACAAGUGGAUGCUGCGCUGUGUUGGUAGACCAGGGUCAGGCAAGACGACCUUGUCCGCGCUGGCGACCAAGAGGUUGAGAGAACAGUACCAUGGGGAGAGGGAAGCCGUCGCCUCAGUUUUUGUGCGGACGGACGUGGCCUCGGGCGGUACCGCCUUUGUGGAAGACGUUCUGACGAGCAUAUUCCACCAACUGUGCGUCAACCACACACAGGUCGACGAGGACGAAGCGUACGUCGCAAAGUAUCGACUUUACCUCGACGCUAGGAAGCACGGUCAUCGCGACAUCUUCCGGAUUAAGCUUAUGCGAGAGGCGUUGCAGUCGCGACUUGGCAUGCUCGAUCGCGCGUUCCUUGUCGUCGACGACUUUGACAGGUGUAGUCCGGCCGUUGACCUGUUUCUCGAGAACGAGCUGGCCAUCUUGGCGAACGACUCAAGGCUCAAGGUACUCAUCACCUCCCGCGUCUCAUGUCUCAAGACGAUACCUACUUGGCAAUAUUGCGACUCUUGCGACGACGAUGCGUCAAAGUUCCUCCAUGUCUACUGGCGAUGUGAGAGCUGUAAGAAGGGAAAGGUGAAACUGGAUUCAUACAUUCUCUGCCAAGAAUGCAGAGACAAUGAGAAGACAUGCACCAACUGCGGAGACGCCGCAGACUUCGUCCAACCUUUUGAUCAUAUUGAGCUUCAAGUCCAUUCCGCCAUGGAACCGGUCUCACGAUUCAUCGAUUGGGACCUGGAGACAGAGCACGGAGACCUUGGCCUGGGCAGCCGCAGCAACAACAGCAGGGAGAACAAGCCCGACGAGCUACCACCACUAUCCGCCUUUGGCAGACGGCUGGUUGACCCCCGAAACCAUGAGGCCUUUGCCGACUUGCGACAUCAAAUUGAAAGUCAGGCCAGCGGUAACAUCAGUCUCGCUCGUCUGCGACUGGACGACCUCCACCGAACCCAAUCUCUCGACGCCGUUGCCGUUCAGGCAGAUAAACUGCCUGCGAAUGUCGUCUCCUUCUUUGACGCUGGCAUUCGACGCAUCGAGGAGCAGCCGCCUGCGCAGCGAGACCUCGGCUUGAAGGCGAUUGCCGCCGUCGCGCAUUAUGAUUUUUCGCAAGAUGGUGUAGCGUAUGAGAUCGUAGAGAAAGUCCUUCAUCGAGCUGCCAAGGCCUCCGCUCGAGCUUCCGCCAAGAGAGCAAAUUCAACUCCGACGGUAUCAUCGUCAGUGAAGUCUCACAAGAAUUCUACGGCACCCAAGAGGCCAGAAACAACGACAUGGGUUCAUGUGCCUCAUCGCAGCCUCGAAGAGAUGCUGCAUGCCACGCGUGGGUUCCUGGAGUUCGGCAAUCAGGAACAUCGACCAUUACGGGCCUAUUGUCAGGCCUUCCACACGUACGCGCAGGAGAACUACAAUGAGUCGCUCGUAUGGGCGCACGCGCAGCUCGACUUUGAAGGGGAGGGCUUGGCGGAGUUCGGCAACAAAGGGAUGAGGCGCUCGCGGACGGGCGUCGCGCAUUUUGUGGAGAAGAGGGACCAAGCGAUGACGCCGGGGCCUUUUCAUCAGGAACCACCACCAAUCUGGACUAACAGACAGAUAGGCGAAGGAGGAUGGGGGGCCAGUCUUGUUGGUGGUGGUGGCUCGGGUGCGAGCCGUGGUAACGCUCCCGAUGCUACCGUUACUGCCGCCGCCGCUUCUGACGGCUCGGGAGCGCAUGGGGAGGCCCCGUUACGAUCUACUGCGGCUAUGGCUGCUGCUAAGCGGAAAAUGGUCAAGGCCUCCGACUUUGAACGGGACCAGAGCUUCAAAAUGGCAAGGAGAGGCACGAGCUGGGCCUGA